ACCAGAACAUAAAUAAAAGUGAAAGCUUUGGAAAAUAUUUUUUCGAACUGGACCUCAAAUGGCGACAUCAUUCAAAUUCAAGCCCUUGACGAUUUCGAUCCUUCUACUCUUCCUCUACAAUGCGAUCGCCUCAAGUGCGUCCGGUUCUUCUUCUACCACGAUGCACACCAACAAUUGGGCUAUUCUUGUCUGUACCUCCCGCUUCUGGUUUAAUUAUCGGCAUAUGGCCAAUACUUUAUCCUUAUACAGAACGGUGAAACGAUUAGGAAUUCCAGAUGAGAGGAUAAUUCUCAUGCUGGCUGAUGAUAUGGCUUGCAAUGCUCGGAACAAGUAUCCUGCCCAGGUCUUCAACAAUGAAAACCACCUACUCAACUUGUAUGGAGACAAUGUUGAGGUAGACUACCGAGGUUAUGAAGUGACUGUAGAAAACUUUUUGCGAAUAUUGACUGGGCGCCAUGAAAGAGCAGUUCCAAGGUCAAAACGACUACUAAGUGAUGAAGGAAGUCAUAUACUUCUUUACAUGACUGGGCAUGGUGGGGAUGAGUUUCUAAAAUUUCAAGACUCAGAGGAGCUUCAAAGCCAUGAUUUAGCUGAUGCAGUGAAACAAAUGAAGGAAAAGCGCAGAUUUAAAGAGCUGCUGAUAAUGGUAGAUACUUGCCAGGCAGCCACUCUAUUUUCCCAGCUACAAUCACCUGGUGUUUUGGCUAUUGGAAGUAGCAAGAAAGGAGAGAAUUCAUACUCACAUCACUUGGACUCUGAUGUUGGUGUAUCUGUUGUAGACCGAUUUACAUUUUAUACUCUUGCCUUCUUUGAGAGUUUAAAUAUGUAUGACAAUGCCUCAUUGAGCAGUCUUUUCACUUCGUACAAUCCUAAUACAUUGAUGUCAACUGCAUAUUAUCGAACUGAUUUAUACCAACGGCGGUUGGAGGAGGUACCAGUGACCAACUUCUUUGGCUCUGUCAUGGAAACCAUCCACACGGAUUCACCUUAUCGGGCCUUCUCAAACCGAUACUACAGAAAAUCUAAAACUGAGAUGCCUUCAGAUCAAUCUGGUGGGGGUAACCGACGAGCAUUAAAAGAUUUAGACAUUCUAGAAGAAUUGGCUGACCCUAAACUAAAUGCUAAACAAGUUGGUUGCCCAUUUACACACACUUGGAAUACAAUUCUGGGCUGGAUGGAAAAGAUUACACAAAUAGAUAAUUUAGUUAACUGUGGUGUAGCAUUGAUGUUCCCAAUUGUGGCCCUCUCAUCUUGGCUUUCGCAUUGAAGGAUAGUGUCGAGGAGCAAAACUAGAAACACGAUCUGAUCACAGGUGCUGCGAGAAAGUGCUUCCAGCAAGGUUCAAGUGGAGAGCUGAAAUCAACUCCUGAAAAGUGAGACCGAGUUUGGAGUCGUCAAGCUGGCUAAAGGCUUGUGGAUCAUGGCCAUGCAUAUGAAUCAGAGCUGCUGCUUUCUUCUUCUAACAUUCAAAGAAAGUUAUGUGAAGUUUGUAUACUAAACAACUUGUUAGAUGCAUUUAUACUGAAGAAGAGCAGUUGGGGAUUUUAAAUUUGAUGGUUAUCCAAAACAGUUGAUGUAUAUGUACAUUGUAACUGUGGUGUUACUGUGUUUAAAUCUGGUGUGGUGUGUUCCACCGUCCACGUA